UUGAAUCUACAAAUUGAUCCUAUACUUUCAGGAGUCCAGAACAUUUGAUUACAGAAAACUGAUGAAGUGGAUAAAAACUCAUUUGGGUCCGAAUCCUUUCAAUAUAUGUACCGACGUCACUAGAGAGCGAUGCUCGUCUUGGCCCAGAAUUGGUUCAAGCGAUGGAGAACAUCAAAACGGUUGCAAGACAAAGUAUCUCUUCACCAAUUCCCACUAUGCACCAAAAAACAAGAGAACCUUAAUCCUGCAUCGACUGAACAGACAAACUUGGGCUAGAUCGUCUCGUCUCAUGCACGGGUGUAACAUUAAAGUCCAGCAGUGUUCUCAGUCUUAUUUGUAUCUUUUGUCAGCCUUCAAAAGUGCAACAGUGACAGACUGUCGAGACCUUACCGUCGUCUUGGGACCCGUAACGACUCUGUUGGACGUGUCUAACUGUAAAAAUUUACGAAUCAUUGCCAUGACAAGGAGAAUACACAUUACCAAUUGCAAUAAAGUUAUGGCAUACUUACGAACUCCCAGCAGACCGUUAUUGCUAGGGAGUAGGAACCUAAACAUACGUUUUGCUCCAUACAACACAUUCUAUCCACUUCUGGAAAAACAGAUGGAAAAGGCAGGAAUAACAACAUAUCUUAACAUGUGGGAUCAAUGUCUUUGUAUCUAUAACAAAAUGAAAGUUGAAGAAUUGACUUCCCAGUUAUCAAUAAUGCCAUCAACAUUUAACUUGUUCACCGUCCCAUUCGAAAUGGAAGGCGAAACAAAGGACAUUCCAGGAGGUUUACCUCUUCCCUAUCAACACUUUGUAAAUAGAAAACAAGAAAUAUUUCAGAGCUGGCAACAGAGAAUAUUGGAAUUAGACUUGAGUGACGAGCAAAAAGAAAGCAUUUCCAAAACUGUACAACAGAAAUUCAAGCAUUGGCUAAGAAUUUCUGGAUAUCAGCAGGAAAUAGAUUCCCUGGCGACCCUCUCUGAGAAACUGUCUAUGGAGUUGACUCAAUGAUUAUUAAUUGGUCUUCCAAAUACAAAACAAAUUUUUAUCAGUGCAAGCAACUAAAUACUGUCCAUUCCAGUUAAAGGCAACAGAAUUAACACAUAUCUGAAAAUUGAAGUUUAAUAUUAAAAAGAGUGUAACAUUUGUGUGUGAAAACUUUGCCAGUUUAAUCUUACUUUCUCAGUGUCCGGUAGAGGUACUUUAUACCUUGAUGCCGGAUCAGACAGGAGUCUGGGCCACAGCAAGAUGGAGGCUGCAGAUUUUCUCUCGGAAACCACCAGUUUGGUCGGCCGGAUGUCAACCGCAUACAGACGUAUCCCACCCACAUCGUCCCCACAUGCCAACAGGGCAGAACCUUUUGAAAAGCCAUUUUACUUCUAUGACCAAUUUAUUAUAGAAAUGGUCUAGAUCUUACCAUUCUUGCUGUCAAUGCAACAUCCCAUUGAUAUGUAAUCUGUAGAACAGCCAUUCCAUUCAUAAAUUGUUUUAUAGAUGUA